AUGGCUCUGCCGCCCUUCUUCGCCCCGGGUCGCCCAGGCCCGCCGCCUCCGCAGCCGCCGCCUCCCGCUCCCUUCGGCUGUCCGCCACCGCCGCUGCCCUCCCCGGCUUUCCCGCCGCCUCUUCCCCAGCGCCUGGGGGAAGUGCGCGCGCGGUUGCGCGGGGCUCUGCGCCUGGUGCGGCGGCUGCGAGACCUGGGCCAGGCCCUGCGCGAGGCCGAGGCAGAUGGCGCGGCCUGGGUACUGCUGCAUGCCCAGGCCGCGCCGCUGCGCGCCCAACUGGCCGAGAGACUACAGCUGCUAACCCAGGCCGCCUAUGUGGGUGAGGCGCGGCGGAGGUUGGAGAGGGUCCGGCGCCGCCGCCUGCGGCUUCGCGAGAGGGCCCGGGAACGCGAAGCCGAGCGGGAGGCUGAGGCCGCGCGAGCAGCGGAGCGCGAGCAGGAGAUUGACCUUUGGAGGGUCAAAUGUGUGCAGGAGGUGGAGGAGAAGAAGCGGGAGCAGGAACUUAAAGCUGCUGCUGAUGGUGUCUUAUCUGAAGUGAGGAAGAAGCAAGCAGACACCAAAAGAAUGGUGGACAUUCUUCGGGCCUUGGAGAAAUUGAGGAAGCUCAGGAAAGAGGCAGCAGCAAGGAAAGGUAACCAUGGCUUUGCAUUUCUACUUGUAUUUAUUCCUCUGUUGCCCUGCUCCUUCCCUUUCUUUACCCUAGCUCCCCCAAAAUUUUUGAAGGAAAAAUGUUUGAUAAUUUUUUUUUCACCGAAUAGAGUAAUAAAGCUUGUCAGCAGUACCACAGAACUUUUGAAGCAGAAGCCUCAGACUUUGUUUACCCCUUUGUUGACAAGGUUGAAAAGAGAGGCAGGUGUGGGAACCCACUAUGCUGCCUUUCCUUUGAUUCAUCAUUCCCACCCCAGGCAUUCCUGGCCACGCUUCUCUGAGUGAGGUUCGCAGGGCUGGCCACCUUUGCCCAUGUACCAAGGCAAAAGCUAUUCUACCUUUACUAGGUAUUUCAGAAGGUGUUGAAAACUUGG